AGCGUCUGGCCGCUCUUCCAGCUGAUAGCUCGGCUGCUCACCAUGGUAGCCCACCUCAAGAUACCAUAACACAGUGGAAAGACCCUUAGCGAUUAUCGCAUUAGCUUGCCUUUAUUUAUUUCUGUGUUUGCUGCUAAAAAUGACACAUCUCGUCCCGAGUACAGCGGACGUCACUACAGGCUGACCCGAUAAAGCGAGACGUUUUUUGGUGUGGCGGGCUAUAUAACAUAUUGGCAGGGUCUAGUAUAGCAAAGCCACUGCUGUCCUUCUGCCGUCUACUUGCUCUCAGAUGAAGCUAACGGGCUAGCCUUGCUACGGAGCGCCGUCUUGACACAUGAUACGGACGCCCUUUGCGGAGGCACCCCGUUACUCGCAAGGCGAGACAUUGGAUCAGCAGAAAUAACCCUCCUAUAAAACUAUGAUCAUCGACAAACAAGAGGCCGACCGGCUGAUCGAGAAGGCGAAGCUGUGCCUGCGGUCUGGACGCAAAGAGAAGGCUCUCCAGCUGCUCUACGAAGCACAGAAGAUCUACCCCAGCACCAGGGCCAGAGUGCUAAUUGAUGCCAUCUUGAGGAACGGCUUCACUGGAUCUCCUCCAGAAGACCAGGUUCCUCCCCCGUCCGGCUGGCGGGACCAGGACUUUGGGGCUAGAGAUGGAGAAGGAGGAGGAGGAGGUGGAGGAGGAGUAAGCGGGGACGAGAAGAAGAGUUACACCGAGGAGCAGCGCCAAGGUGUUCACAGGAUAAAGAAUUGUAGGGACUUCUAUGAGAUCCUGGGCAUUGCCAAGACUGCCAGUGAUGAAGACCUGAAGAAGGCCUACAGGAAGCUGGCACUGAAGUUUCACCCGGACAAGAACUGUGCCCCCGGAGCCACAGACGCAUUCAAAGCAAUCGGGAACGCGUACGCCGUUCUGAGUAACCCGGAGAAGCGGCAGCAGUACAACCAGUACGGCGAGCAGCCCCACCCGGGCGCCGGCCCCCCGACGCAGACGGCCCAGGCCCGCAACGCCCGCUACCGCAGCUUCAACCGGGACUUUGAGGCCGACAUCAGCCCCGAGGAGCUCUUCAACAUCUUCUUCGGUGGGAGGUUCCCUACAGGAAACAUCCAUGUCUACACCAAUCAGGGUGCUUCCUACUCCCAGUUCUACCAGCCGCGCCGUCGGCGGGCCUUCGAAAGGCGGGAAGAGGAGCCGGAUGCGAACGCCAGCCAGAACACGUUCACAGCGUUCCUGCAGCUGCUCCCAGUGUUGGUGUUGAUCCUCAUCUCCGUGUUCACCCAGAUGAUGGCCACAAACCCCCCUUACAGCCUCUUCUACAAGCCGGCGAUGGGCCUGGUGGUGUCAAGGGAGACCCAGCACAUGGGCGUGCCAUACUACGUUGACAAGAGCUUUGAGAAGGAGUACCGGGGAGAGUCCCUGGACGAGCUGGAGAAGACCAUCGAGAGCGACUACAUCGACCACCUGCAGACCAGCUGCUGGAAAGAGAAGCAGCAGAAGUCAGACCUGGCCAACCUGGGCCAGCUGUACAGAGACGACCGGCUCAAGCAGAAAGCGGAGUCCAUGCGCCUGGACAACUGUGAGAAGCUCAACCGCUUCAUCGGACGGCAGAGGGGCGAUUAAAGUCGGUGGAACAAGAAAAAAAACAAGAACAAGGACGGCUUCAUUUGUCAGGUUCGUCUUGGGAGUAGGAAAGUCUUUUUGUUUUAGUUUUAUUUAAAGAAUCAAAAGGACUGGAGAAGAAAGUCGGAUUUAUGAGAAAUGAUACGGAUGGAUGAUGGAUUUUUGAGAAAGCGUUUUUGGUUUGGUCGGCCAUGUUGGCAGACAGCUGGUGUUUUCCUUUUCCAGUUUGAGGGAAGAGAAGUGUCUGGCGGCCUUGGGGGGGAUUUGAAGGGGAGGAAAAAGGGGGAAACGCUCACUGGUGGCAACAGCGGUACACUGUAGGCUUUGUACUUUCUUAUAUUAAGGAUCUCUUAGGGGCUGAAAUGUCCGGAAUGUUCUGGGGCUUUUUUCCACACGAUCAUGUCCGUGUCCCUAACGGUAGUUCUUCUAACCAACUGACAUAAUAUCCAGAUUUAUUUAUUUAUUUAACUUAUUUUAUUGUAGUCCUGUGAUUGAGCUAAUUUAAAAUGAAGUAGUGUUUCAUAUAUAUCGUGUAUGAAGUAACAUAAAAUUGCCACUACUGUGACUGUUGAUUCUGUACUAUACCAAUGCAGAACUUGUACUUGUUAACAUGAAAUUAGCUUGACAAGUAUAAAUAAUUUCCCCUGGUUUCUUUCAUGCAUUAGGACCGUGUAGUUGAAAAGGUAGCGAACAUAGCAUAAUUUAAACAAACACAUUAUAUCAUGUGUUUGUUUAUUUUUACGCUAACAUAUUAAUAUAUUGUUCUUGGUUAAAAGGCUUGCACCUUCCAAAAAAAAAUACUAAUGUAUAAGCUGUUGUUUUGUCACCCCUAUGAUACAUUAUAUGUCAUCCUUAAUAUGUUCACUUUUUGUUAAGAUUUAACCAUUCACUGUAAAGGGUUAGCCAAAAUUAUACGUUUUCUCAUGUUUCGCUAAUGGUAUAAAUGUAACGAUUCUUAAAAGAUGUCUACUGUAGCUUGGUUGUCACAAGCGGGUACUAAAUUUUGUCCCAUCUCUUCACCUCACUGUUUAAUUUGGGAGAUCUGACUUUCCGGAAACUCCUGAUGGUCACGCAUGUUCACACUUCAACAAGGAUAGAAAAAUUCUUUCUCUGAAAAAAUGACUGGAAUGCGGCACCAAGUUCAACAACAACACAGGAAUAUUCCACGAUCGAUCUGCGUUUCUACAUACAAGAAAGAUAUUUUCCUUUGAGUAGGAAUCCUCAAAGACUUUUCUAUAGCCUCUCCACUAGCCUCUUAACCUGGACAACCUGUACAGUGGCAUGACCUCCACAUGACCCGAACUGUUCCCUGUGCUUCCACCCCAUCCUGACGUUCUGCAAACCUGUCUUAAUUUAAAAAACGUAACCUCAUAUUCAACUAGACUCUCUUGACGUUCUGUCACAAUUGUCAUUAUGAUGCAGUCAGGCUGUUUCUUGACCAGGUUCAUCUCGAUGCAUCCGAAUGUCCUUUCACCCUACCUUUGCUCUACCCUAGUGAACUCCCCCCCAAAUACACAUACACACACACACACACACACACACACACACACACACACACACACACACACACACACACACACACACACACACACACACACACACAUUUCCUGUAACCCAGUGAGUGCGUGACCGUUCACGCUCUUCCUCCUUAAGGUUUCACCCCCUCUGCUGCAUGCCCCCCAGUAGGCAGGCCCCAGCGAUGUCUUUCAUUAAUAUACUCUUUACCUGAACAACCUGUUCCCUUCUGACCCUCGCUGUUUCACACAUUCAAAUAACCUGGACAGUAUUUGUGUGACAUAUACCGGUACACAUUGCUUUAAGGCAGAAUGAUCAGCAACCAAAACUAAAAUUUCAUUUUUCACAUGCAUUAGCAAAUUAUUAUUAUU